GGGGGAGCCCAAACUGGCAACCCUGCCCCAAAUGCCAAAGUCCUAUUUUGUCAUUGGGUGGCUGUGACAGAGAGAGGGAGCCAAGAGAGACAUAACAGGGAGGGAGAGCGAGACACUACGGCUGGAUGCCAGUGAGAGAGCGCACGGCUGAAGCUGCUUGUGAAUUUUCUUAGUUGUCAUGGGCCCUCGGGGGUCGAUCAAGUGGCACCGCUGACUCACAGAGGACAGGACCGACACACUCACGAAGAGAAAUACAAGUGACAAGAAGUAACUAAGGACAACGAGGCUUUUAUAAACAACGCAAGCGAGGGGGAGACAAGUCUUCGUAGCGACCGCCUCCGUCCGUCCGCCAUCGGCCUGUCCGUCCGCCGGUCUGCAAAGUGCGCGAGGGGCCACAGAGAUGAAGAGGCCUCACGACUACAGUUCCCCAGACUCGGACACGGACGAGUUUAUCGACGUGGGACAAGAAGACGGCUAUUGCCCAGUCACGGGGUCCAUGUCUCCUGGCAGCGCCUCGCAGGUUCUGGCCCGGAAGAAGAGAAGAGGGAUCAUAGAGAAGAGGCGCAGAGACCGGAUCAACCACAGCCUGUCCGAGCUCAGGAGGCUGGUGCCCAGUGCCUUUGAGAAACAGGGCUCAUCCAAGCUGGAGAAGGCGGAGAUCCUGCAGAUGACUGUGGACCACCUGAAACUCCUCCAUGCCAUGGGAGGAAAAGGCUACUUUGAUGCGAGGGCCCUGGCAGUCGACUACAGGACGCUGGGCUUUAGGGAGUGCGUCGGGGAGGUGGUGCGGUACCUGAGCUCUCUUGACGGGGAGUCCUCGGACCCUGUAGGAGCGCGCCUCGUCUCCCACCUCUCCCACUGUGCGAGCAACCUAGAACCCGUUCUUUUACAGUCGCCCCCGGCCUCCGCCCUGCCCUUUCCCCCCUGGCCUUGGGCGUCCUUCCCUCAGAUCUCCCCCAACUCACCGGCCUCCUCCUCAGGUCCUUUCCCCAGGGGCCGAAGGGAUCUGGCCCUGCUGGGGCGCUACCCGUCACCCGCCACCCUCCGCCUCGGCCCCCUGGCUGGCUGCCACCAGGGAGUCCCGCCGCUCCUCGCGCCUACCGCCCUGGCCACCGUGCACAGGUUGCCUUCCCUCGCAGCGUCCCCGGUCCUAGCCCCCUCCAGACCAACCCAGUCGUCUCCUCACAGCGCCACCGGGGCCUCGCCCCUUCCCCUCCCAAACCCUUCCUCCUCCUCCUCCUCCUCCUCCUCUACUUCUACCUCCUCCUCUUGUCCUAUUUCAUCAUCUUCUGCCCCACUGCAGGUCUCUUUCAGGCCCUUCGCACCUCUGGGGUCUCCCACCGCUCAACGCAGGGGCUUGAGUGGACAGGCCAAGUCAGCCCAGGGAUGGGCGACUGAGAUCGGAGCUUUCUGAGAGUCAACUCUGGGUUUUUCUUUUCCAAAUGAACUCCAUCGAGGGACAUGGAGCCUCCAUGUGCCCCAUGCAGAAAAUACGAAAAGGUUGGAGAAAGACGUAGAGAACCUUUGAUGGUUGUCUAACUGUAAGUCACAUCAGACUGUGGGGGGAGUUUCAGAUGUUCACCAACAAUCACGUACAAAAGAAAAAUGAAGGAAUGUGAAAUAAUAGAAGAUUCUUGUUCAUGGUCAAACACAUACGAAGUGUCUAACUAAGCCAUAACGCUCAACGAAGCGUCCUUUAACUGUGAUAUAUUUUUUUUCCAAAACAUUUAUACUUUUGAUUACUUUUUUUUUUUCAAGCCUAAAGAAUGUUGAAAACUCUCUAUAAAAACUAAGUGCCUUUACCUUUGUC